AUGAACAAGCUAAGCAACCUACGAUGUGUAGAUGCAGAUACCGAAGCAAUUGCAGCCCUUCCGUGGAUUGGAAAUCUAAUUUAUCUUCAAGAAUUAAGGGACUAUCGCAUCCAACGCAAAAAGAAAGGAUUCGAUGUAGGGCAACUGAAGCUCAUGAAUCAGCUCCGCAGACUCUGCAUCAGAGGUCUCCAGCAUGUAGAGAGCAGGGAACAGGCAGCAGAGGCUGUGUUAGAGGACAAAGAGCACCUUCGCUGGCUGGAACUGUGCUGGAACAAUGAAGGGAAACCCAUAGCUCCCACUGCAUGCAAAGACUCUCUGGAAGGACUCCGACCGCACCCGGAUCUUAGAGAGCUGAAGAUUAAUGGCUACAAGGGUCACCGACAUCCGUGUUGGAUGGAGAACAAAUAUUUGCUGGGAUUAGAGAGGUUAGAGAUGUGGUCUUGCCAUCAACUGACGUCCCUCCCCCCUCUCGGCGAGCUUCCUUUUCUCAGGGUUCUGCACCUAAGACGUAUGGAUUCGGUGGAAGAGGUGGGUGCUGAGUUUUAUGGCAGCACAGAUGCACCAUUCCCAUCGUUGGAGGAGCUUUGGUUCGAUAACUUGAACCAGUGGAAGAAGUGGGACGUGGAGGCGAAGCAACGCCGUGAAGUAUUCCCUCGUCUUCGCAACCUCGCCAUCGGAAACUGCCGCAGUUUAACAGGACUGAUAACCCUCCCUUCAUCACUGGACGAGCUUGUUGUUCGAUUCUUUGCAGGUGGUGACUCGUGGGACUUGCCCGAGGACGAGGCCUCGACAUCGACGUUGAUGCUUCACGUCGAUAACCUCUCGCUUUUACAGAGAUGCCUUCAGGAAGGACACCUUACUUCGCUUCGUCGACUGGAGAUUCGCGGCAGCCUUGACCUCGAAGCGUUUGCUCGUGGGCUGGAGGAGCGGCUGGAUCACAUUUCCUCUCUCCACCACCUGCAUCUCACCGGAGUAUGCCGCCCACAACACCUUCCUCGUCAACUGGUCACCCUUCUAAGCCUCAAGAGCCUGCACAUAGUGGAUUGCCCUGAAAUAAACAUGCUCCCAGAGGGAAGCCUACCUAGCAAUCUAGUGGAUUUGCAAAUCAACGGGUGUCCAAAGCUCGAGCAGCGCUACGAGUGGACGACCGGCCCCGAAGGGUGCACAAUCCAUGCCAAAAAAAUUAACGAAGCGUUGCAGUCGAAAACACCUGAAAAGAGCGAGAAGGUAUACACUACCAGAUAA